CGAAGCCACGUGGACCGCGAAGCAAGAAUUUGAAUCGCCGAACUGAACUCGUUUUCCCUCUCAGGACUAGCGAACUUGAGCGGAGAAAAGGGAGAAAAAGGGAGCACGCAUCCACUGUUCGACAAAAUGCCAACAAGAAAACCAACGGGCAACACACAGCAGGAUACUCCUCUCCGCAGAUCCCCAAGGCUCCUUCAACUGAACAAGAUUACAAAAUCACCGGAAUCGAGUCUCCACAAGUCAAAAUCUGGAAGCAAUCGGGUACGUUCUGUGUCUCUUCCUCGCGCUUCUACUUCCGCACGAAUCAAUCUAGAGGAAAAGUCAGAUGAAGCUUGUGUGGAUACUGUUUCCAAGGAAUCGAGAAAACCGAGUAAUGAUGUACAGAAUGGGGGUGAUGGGUUUUCUUUCCUUAGGCGGUCCCCGAGGUUUUGUAACAAGGGAAGAGACGACGGAGCUGUUCAGAAUGAUAGGAGUGAUGGCUCUAGGAAGGUUAGUGAAUGUGUUUCGGAUAAAGCUGCGAAGAAGAAUAAGGGAAGGAGUAGAGUUUUUGGUUCUGUGAAUGAGUCCAUCAAUGCGGAGGUUAAUGGAGGGAGAGGUGAAGAGGGUGAAAAUUUCAGGAACCAAAAUGGGGAGAAAAGAAAAUUGACAUUUAUUGUUGGUCUGAGAGCCCUCACGGCAGAGGAAAGGAGGCAAGGGAAAGUUGCUUGUCGAGGGAAUAAAGUGAUUGAGGCUAAGUUGAAGAGAAAGUGCAGGGAGGAGGGUAAUGGGGUUGUUCAAGGGUGGACGAAGGAACAAGAAGUGGCGCUGCAAAGAGCCUAUUUUGCUGCCAAGCCGACACCACAUUUCUGGAAGAAGGUCUCCAAGCUGGUGCCAGGAAAAUCUGCACAGGAUUGCUUUGAUAAAAUCCACUCAGACCUCGUAACUCCACCUCAACCUCGGACUCGAUCAAGGGCAAUCGGAAUGAGCUCCUCUCCCAUUGAGCAGUUUUCACUCUCUGCAAGCAAAUUGCUUCAAUCCACUGAGCCAGAGAAGAAAAGGUCCAGAUGCAACAAGCAGAAGAGUCAUGUCACUCAGAAAACUGUAAGAAAGUUGUUGCGAAGGCAUUAUUAUGUGAACCAGGAUAACGAAGCAGAUCUUUUCUCAAUCUUUGAGCCUGAUGUAGAUCCAUCUACUCAUGUUUUGCCGGACGCUAUUCUUUCUACCCCACAACAUUCACAGGAAAAGCACGGAUGUCUUCAUAAGUAUCAUGAGACAUCUUCUGCUGGCUCUAAGAAGAACCUUCCAAGAUUUAGUAGUUCAUGUACAACUGCUCUUGUUAGUCCCCCAGUAUUAAAGCCGGUUAAAAACAAGGCCUUACAUGAGAAGUACAUUGACCGAUUACAUUCCAGGGAAGCUAAAAGAAAGGCAGUAUCUGUUCAAACAAAAAGGUCUUUUACUGGAAAAGAGAAUGCGAGACCAAUUCAUAUUCAGAAUACUGACGUGGUUAGAGCCGCAAAACAGGCCCUGGUUUCUGAUGCAAGAGAUGUUAUUGAUCAGUUUCAACAUUUGCAAACAAAUACUACCAGCGACUCUUCAGAUUUGGAUGAUAAUGGUGGUGCCAGUGAUGAUGAUAAUGAAGGAGAUAUUGAAAUUUAACAACUUUGUUUCGUUGAAUCCGUUUCUGCUGCUGCAUAGAACUGCUAACUCCAGAUCCUGUAUAUUCUAUAAAUCCAAUUUUCCAAG